ACGGCGAGCUGUACUCGCUUGUGGUGUUUGAAGCCCGCCAAGACUUGGACGUUUGCCGCCGCUACUUACACGGCAAGUCUGGGGCCGCUCUGGGGCGGACGUCCAGAAGUUCGGUUGUCAGAUAAGCAUGUCGUGCGGCGUCCGAUCUCGAACAGGCGUUUGAGUGAUAUCACGACGAAUAUAGCACAAUAUGAGUGCAAUGCCGGUGCAAUUUGGACGUAAUAUGGCACUGCCCGGCCCCUCGCCCUUGGUCCAGGGUCUCGCCUGGUGCAAGGUGCGGAAUCCCGGCAAAGGAUUGUGCUUGUGGCUGAUGGCCGCCUCCGCUGCACGACUCGACAGUCGCCAUGGAAGGGGUUGCAAAAAUUCGCGUGUCUGUGUCAGGUCGCUCCGCUAUUUUCCCUACUCAGGGGAAAUGCCCACUCGUGGGAUCAUCGGCACUGCGGCAACUCGGGCGAGGAUAUGGCAGCCAAGGAAACUUGUAGAGUCUUUAGACGCAGAGUUGGGGGCAAAGUCGACACCGAGUCGAUGGCACGAUCAUCGCGUGUUGGGUACUUGGCAUGGUGCUCACGCUGUGUUCUCCUGCCACGUUUCCGUGUACGAUCACGUGUACCUGUGCGGCCUUACGAGGGACCGCCCUGGCUGCGUAUUUCAGUUCGAAGGGUACGACACGGGCCAGCGCUUCCAACGGGAGUUGCAUCAACCGAGCGCCAAGACAGUUUAAACAACUGAUCGUCCUCAUGGACUCUUGAUCGACGUCUAGCCUGAGCCUUCCCUCUGAUCGAAGCGCACGCUGCUGCGCAUUUCUCAAAAAGCCGCCGGAUGAUUUCCAAAAGAAAUACCACUGGGGCCCGAGGUUGGCCCAACUCGCGAUCUGCACGGGAAUUGGGCACAGCCGGUAUGGGGGCCAAGGAUUUGGCUGACAUCUGGUGUGUGACGCCUCUCACUUUCCCGAACACCAAGUGCAUCAUAUUUUUUCAUGGCCUAGUCGCCAGCACCGUAGAAGCGGCAAUCGCACACAAUGAGGCUGUAUAGCCUAGGACACAAAUGUCAUAUGCACG